CGACGACAGGGUUCGUUUUUUGAGAACGACAAUGAAAAUGAAUCUCGGCAUCAGGCCGCACUGUUCGUGUUCCUCACUGAUUCCUUUCAUUUCAGGCCACAAAAUGUGCUGCCUUUUCUUGUGUCAAUCAGAGCCGGCAGAUAUUCGCCCCAGCAUUUGUUGCUGACAUUGUAAUAUCUGUAUGCCUGCUACUUCCGCUGUACCCGUUAAUUAUUCCGUCAGUUUAUUCUAUUCCCGGUUUUUCUUCGCGAGCGCCGAAGUUUCGGCAUACUCGAUCCUGGAAAGGUAGUACGUGACGAUAUUACAUACCAUGUGUACCUCUCCCCAAGGCCAAGGAGAAGUGGAAUGUAUUCCGAUGCUUUUGCUAAGAUGUAGAAUAGUAUCCUAGAAUCAUGUGAAAGUUGCCAAGACCAGAAUAGAAUAUCUUUUCGUUUAUUUUUUGUUCGAUUACAACCGGUCGCACAGAAAGACAAACAAGACGACCGCAACCCAGAAAAAAAAACCAUCUAAUUCCAAGAAAAGAGAUGCCGGCAACGGGCCGCAAGAUGAAGAUCCCUCGCCCUCUCUACAGCCACCUUCGCGCGACGCUGGUCAUUGCAGCCGGGGGCUCUGUUUUUGUUGAGGGUGUUGCGGCAGAGCAGCCCAACAUUUUCUCCGCGGUAAGGGAAAAAUAAGUAGUACAUGUUUCGGGUUGGUUCGUGGUCUGGGAUAAGAAUAUUUUCUGCCUUCAUAAAGAUGGUCUGAAUUUGCUUUGGUCUACGUACUGUAGUUGCGCUCUCUUCAUCAACAUAAACCAGUACACGAAAACGAUUUAUGAAUCGUGAUUGUCUCUGGCACUACAACUAAGCCUACUUUUCCACAUCACAGCUUUUCGGAGGCAGUUCCGCUGUGGCGGCUUCGAAGCCGCCUGCCGCUCAGGCGCCUGCUGUUGCCCCAUCGGAAAAACUGGCGAGUGUGGACGUGGGCGAAAAACAAGAAGCGAAACACGACGACGUGGCGAAAGCGGCCGCUGCUGCAGUCCGCCCCGCUCCCGCACCCUUCGAUGAUGCGAAAAACAAGAUUGCUAAGGCAGCUCCGGCCGCCGCGCAGGAUGAGCAAAGUGUUGCCGCAAUGAAAAAGAAAAUGACUUCUUCUACCACCGCCGAUGGUCAGGAUAUCAAGCCUCUAACAACCGCGAGUGGUCCUGCAGCGGUGGUGGAUGCGCCAGUUGUGCGAGCAGCGGGAGCGGCGGUGACAGAACACAGAGCUGAAGGGUCAUCAGGUUCGGCAGAAAUUUUAGAUGCGGCGAGUUCAUCAUCGACCAAAGCUGCCACCGCCGAAAACAAGACCGUAAGGUCGAGUGCGAAAGCCGCCACCGCUGCGGCGUCUUCGACGCUUGACCCGCAGCAAAUUUUGAAGACCGCUAACGAGGACCUGGAAAAGGCCAAAAAGGAACUCGAUUCCGUGGAAAAGCAGAUCACAGCAGCGGUCCCGACCGAAAGGCAAGCGCUGCAGCAGGCCAAGCAAGCGGAAAAAACUGCGCUGCAGAGCAUCCACUCUGAGCUGAAGAACGCAAAGCAGCAAGCACAGGCGAUGAAGAAAAAUGCGGUGAAAGUGGCCGAGAGGGUCGAGAAGGAGGCCGCCAAGGAGAUUGCGGCCGAGCGUAAGGUGUUGGAGCGUGAGGUACUCGGGAAGAAUAAAACGAAUCUGUCCAUGCCGCCGAUCGGUAUGAUGCCGGCCUUGCAAGUGGGGAUGGAGAAAGCGGAGAGCGAAGGCAAAUUGGGCUCCGGGGCGGGGGUAUCAAAGGGACUAGAAACUACCGGGCGCGUCGGCAAAGGUAAAGGUUCUUCAUCGGCGUUGUCAGCUGUUGCUAAAACGGAAAAUAACAAGGCGAGCCUUGAGCUGUUGGAGAAGAAAGGCAUGAACGACGCGGCAUCAAAAGCAAAGGAGGGAGAGGAGAGCGCUUCUGUCUUUUCCCACAUUCCCGACUUCGUGAAGCAUUUCAUCCCCCAAAACGUGCUCGCAAAAAUGCAAGCGAAAGAGCAGGAACAGCUGCGGGCGGUACGGAAUCCUGUUGGCGUGGAAAAGCAAAAGGAAAAGACGGAGGGUGAACAAAAGCAAAAGGAGAAGACGAAGAGCGAGUCAGAGCAUAAAUCGGCAGCAGCAGGAGGAAGUGGAGCAGUUCUUGUUGCACAACGCCAACAGAGAAGCGACACUGCCAGGUCCUCGGAAAAAGCUGACAGCAAGGCGACGGCGUCCGCGGGUGCCAAAAACCUGCUGAAGCUUGGAACUACAUCCAAACAGGAGCAGAGCCACGUGGACGAGGACGAGGUGGUGCAUAAGACAAGCACAGGAACGACCAAUGGUGUGGUCUCCCUGGAGAGUACGACGCAGACGGCAGCCGCAAAGGAACUCGAUUUGUCUGAAGUUCUGUCCUCCACAAAUACGGCUCCGAAGCUGCCAGAAACCGCGGAGCGCUGGGCGGAGGGCACGCAGGAGGUGAUGGAGCGGCGCCUUGAGAGCACGCGCGACCGCACUGAACGGCAAGCGGAGCAUCUGGAACGGACGGCGGAAGAAAAGGCGGAGCGAAGCGCCGAAUCCGUUGAAGACAAGGCGGAGAAAGUCGAGCAGGAUAUCGAAGAAUCCACGGAAAUGAAGUUGGACGCGCUGGAAAAGACGAAGCAGAAGCUGCAGGAGCAAAUCGAGCAACUGCAAAAGAAGAUUGCCUCUGUUGGGACCACAAAACCGGACGAUUUUUCAUCUGGUACGAAAAGAACAAAGGCUGCGGUAGUUCCCGCAGCAGAAGAGGAGAUGGCAUCAAAGCUGAUGCUUUUGGCUACAGUGGCAGCGGCACCUCCACCUGCACAGUCUCCCGCUUUGACUUCUGCUUCUACUGAAAUCGCAGUGGAAGAGCAUCAGCGUGGACGCCGGGAAAAAGACGAUCAAGCUGCAGCAAACAAGGAAAAGGUCGCAUUGGCGAAGCGCGUCGCGACAAAGGUAGUGAAACAAGCCAAAAACACGGUCGGGGACAGCGUGACCAACGUGCUGAACUCCGAGGCCAGUAUGCCCGCUUUCGUGUCCGGCAAACUCGCCUCCGUCGUGCCCGGGAUGGGUAAGCUGAAGACCGAGCCCGCGGGCAUGCCGGCCCUGGUUGCCGACGUGCUGGACAAAGUCGGACUUUCGCCGGCGGAGAAGAUGGUCUCCGGUGGCGUGCUGGGGCGCAACGGGAAAUCGGGGUUCGUGCCGGGCAACCCGAAACCCCUGGACGGGUCGAUUGACAGCGAGAACGCGAAAAACGCGUUUUUCACGGUUCCCGACCCGAACGGCGGAAAACUAGCGCAACAUUUGCAUUUGGCACAAGCUCCGCCGACGCUGCCCGCGCCAGCCACCGUUACUUCUAUUCCCACGCCGGCGGUGCAGGUGGACAAUGACGAAAAGGAACAAAAGGAGAACCAGAAAAUUGCGGAGAAGGUGAAUUCCGAUUAAAAUUUUCACUCCAAUUUUGCAUUUUAUUCACUUUCCGUGAUUAUUGUAGUGUCCCCCUCCUCGUCCCGCAUCAUCUUGUGAAAAGCAUGUUGAUGUUCCUUGUGAUGAUGGCGUAUACAACUACAUAUGCGUACGACUACAACCUUGCUGCAGAAUGACGGCGCUGUUGUACCUUUAUUUCAGCGGAGUUGGAGGUGAAAGCGCUGUUUCGAGUUCAUCGCUCAACCCCCGCCACGCACUUGAAUUCGUAUUAACGCAAACUAAAUCUAAAUCACUUACAUCUGAAGGUGAAGGACACUGCGGACAAGAUUUUGCAAGGGCUGGGCUUAGGCCCUGUGAUCGACGCUGGCGAGAAGGCCGUGAAAAAGCUUUCCAAAGGCGAAGAAGCUACCAACAGCAUCGAAAAGCAGGCGAACAAGGUCAAGGCAGAGGCUCGGGAACAGAACGCGAAGGCUGCGGCUCUGGAACAACAAAUCGCGGAGCUGCAGAAGCAGCAGUCUGCUGGGGCGGCGCCUGCCGGCGGCGGUGGACCGGCGAGCACAAUUGCACUCGUGGCCGUUCCAGAGUUGGCCAAUCAGAAUCUGGCUGGCGAAAAAAAAACGACACCUGCAGCACAAGCCGAGCAGGGGGCGCAGAAGGUGUCUUGUCUUUGGAUUUUUAGGUGGCUGGGCUCGUCAUCUGCAAUUUGGAAGGCACUUCAACUUCUUGUGUCACCAGUGCUUCCUUUGAGUUUGUUGUCAACGUAGAAUCAGAAUCAUCGCAAUUUCUCCUUAUAAUUUUGCUUCGACGACUACAGCUGCAGCAGCAAACGUUAGAUCAAGUAACCGGCGUUCUGUCCACUGCGACCUCCAUCCCGAGCCAAAUUUUCAACAAGGGUGUCAGUUCUGGCCUUCCUGGCGUGAUUACAGCGGGCGCCGAUGCGAUCACGAAGGCGCAGACACAGCAAAAAGGAUUCGAAAAGGACCACCUUGCCCACGCACAGGACCUACUCGCGAAAGCAAAGGCCCGCGUCGCAGCUGCGGAGGAGAAGCUCAAAGCACUGGUACAACCAUACGAUUUUGUAUGAAACAAAGAGAUGCAACAUCAUGAGAAGCAAAAACGAUCCUGAUCUUCCUCCUACUUCGCUGUGCACAUAAUCAUAAAUAUUCUGCUAUGCGCUCCACCUGAAGAGGUUGAUGAAGAAUCAGAGCGAGAAUCAUCUUCUAUCGUGGGUAGAAGUUUUUUGCGACUAAGCUGCUGUCCUGGUGCUAAUGAAGAUGAACCGGUAAGCACUACACUUCUCAUUCGCAAUCAAAACGCUAUCAGGAGCAGGGACAGGGGGCGAGCCCGGCUGCGGUGCCGGCUGCGGGUGCGACGGCAAGCAGCAGCACUUCGGGCUCUAGCGGAGGUCUUUUUGGCGGAAUUUUCGGCGGAGGUGGCGGACCACGUAGCAACCUCCAGCAACAGCCCGCUGCGACCACCUCGUCUGCCGGCGCCGGUGGUACUGCGAAACCCGCUGCUCCCGGAGCUAGUGGAGCAGCCGCCGUGCAACUCUUCGAAUUGAACGGUUUCAUUCCGCCCCAAGUAACCAGCUUCGUGCCGCAGGGAAUUUUGGAAAGAGUGGACGGGCGAGAAGGCGAUGGCGUCGGGGGGAUUCGCUCCUCUGCGCACACUGCGGCAGUUGCCCUUGUGUCGAUGUUGUUUUCUUUCUUUUUGGUCACGGCGUUUCUUUCCUUGCGUGCUGGCAUGAGAAAUCAGGCGGACGAAGGUCACUUCCUCGACGAUGCUGAUGGCGCCGCGAAAGAAGAUCACUUCUACCAGGCGUUUUGAUGAAUCCUCUCAUUCGCCGAAACCGAAAAAGAAAAUGCAGACUUGAGAAACAGAAUGCCGGAGGCGGUAAUUCUAAUUACAUGAUACUAGAAACUUGAGUGAUAAAUAAAUUGUACUCAGAUAAAAACUCCAGAGAACAAGAAUCAGCUGGCAGUUAGUCGUAGCUUACUACUUCCUCCUGGGCUGAUCAAAGCAGCAAAGGGGAGGAAAAGCUGAAGCGCGAUGUAGUUGAUGCUUGUAUUGAGCUUUAUUCGAAAUGAAAUAAAACCACGUGAUUUAUCGCGAUUCUCACACGGAAAUCGUGUAACUCAAGACAUUUGAUCAACACCAGCAUAGUACACCGGCGAGCACAAAUUUGGAGUCACCCGAUUCUGUAAAACUACCAUGAUUACUAAGGCUUGGCAUUCAUGAACCAACGCAUCGUUCAAAUAUUCUUUAUUCAACUGAAAACGCUUAUGUCUUAUCGUCGAAGUCGAACAAAGAGAAAGUCUACUAUUGGAACAUCAUUUGCAGAUCGAAGAUGUCGUUUUCGAUGGAGUAAACAUGUUUUGAACCUUUCAAAAUGAACCACCUACUUCUAUGCUUCCGCCCACAGGCAUAUAGAAAUGUGCAGAAGUCCAACUACGAUGAUGAUACGUUUGUAACGUUAACGGCCAGACAUCGGUCGGGCAUCAAGCAGACAUUGAAACUUUCUAAGUUUACAGGACUCGAUGCAUGCUGGCGAUCGCCUUUCAUCAAAGUUCUUACGGUAUGUCACCUACCGAUGACCAAUAGACAUAGAAGGAAAAUAUAACGACCUCGUCAGCGCCGCCUUGAAUGAAAUGAGAAACAACACGAAGGAU